UGUGCCGUGAGUGGGUGAGCGUUGUGUCUAACUCCCGGGUCGGAAUGAGUGGGUCCACCAAAACUACCUGUCAACCAGGUCCUGAACAACGCCAGAACCACCAUCAUAUUAACUUGCUGAAAUUGAAAUGAAUAUCCUUCCAAGAAUCCAUGUACGUGUCGAACGAUAAGGCGGUGGAAAUGAGAGGGUAGACCUGCCUCGUGUGGUUAUGCCGAGAUUCCAUUUGGCGUCAACUCUUCUUCUUCUUCUCCUCUCCAGUAUCGUGUCAGCCUCCCACCCCCUCGCCCUCGAGCUCGCCCUGCCCUCCCUCCCCACCAGGCGGACCCUUCAACACACCUAUGACGGACGGAAACCGAAGCAAUACUUACGCCAAAACUUAUUUAUCGAAAUAUAUUUUUUAUAAUGACGAUAGUGAGAGAAACAGUGGUAUAGAAAUGAUUAGUGAUAGUGUAGAUACAUUCUGUGGCAACUGUUCCUUCAAGAGGACCACCUUUCCUGUGCUCCCUCCUCGAAAGUAUGGGCUGGACAUGGCCCCAUGGGGAUGGCAAAGUGACGGGGCGCUCCCGUUCUACCGCGUGCGCAGUGACAUCCAGAGGUCCCCAGAUAAAGCGAUUACCAUCCUCGGACUGUUCGAACUGUCGACCGCGGCGGGGGAGAGGGCGGAGGGUCGCAGUGAACUGGCAGCAGCUCUUAUGGCCAUCAAACACGUAAACCAGAGGAGACUCCUGGGAGACUACCAGCUUCGCAUACUUACCAAUGAUACUAAGUGUGACCCAGGGGUGGGAGUAGACACUUAUUUCCACGCGCUCUACACCCACACACACACCAGGAUGCCGUUCCUCCUCGGUUCAGGGUGUUCUCAAGUGACGGAGAGUCUGGCGAAGAUCACUCCGUAUUGGAACAUGGUGCAGGUAUCCUUCGGGUCCACGUCACCAGCGCUGAGUGACCGCCGAGAGUUCCCGCUGUUUUAUCGCACCGCAGCCCCAGACUCUGCUCACAACCCCGCGCGCCUCGCCUUCAUCACCAAGUUCGGCUGGGAGACUGUCACCGCCCUCAGCCAGAACGAGGAUGACUACACUCUGGCUGUGAACGACCUGGUGACACAGCUGGAACAAGCGAACAUCACCUGCAGAGCGACCAUCACGUUCGCCGAGACUGACUUCGACGAGCAGCUCAACAUGCUGAAGGAACUCGAUACCAGAAUAAUUAUUGGAAGCUUUUCUCAUCGUGUUGCUCCCAAAAUAUUUUGUGAGGCCCACAAACUGGGAAUGUUCGGCGCCGACUAUGUGUGGAUCCUGCACGGCCACCCGGACCAACAGUGGUGGCGCAACCAGUCCCGGUGUUCCCACAGGAACAUGGCUGCCGCUGUGGAGGGCCUCACGAUCGUCUCUAGCCACAAUUCCAUCAUCGGCAACAAGCCGUCCAUCUCUGGCUUGAGGAAUGACAGGUUCGUCUCCUCACUGCCUACGCCACAAAGCAGCUUCGUACACCAGACCUACGACGCCGUGUGGGCCAUCGCCCUCGCCCUAAAGAAUUCUCACCUGAACCUCUCGCACUACGAUUAUAGCCAGACGCAAAUGGCACAUCGUCUGUCCCACACCCUCGGCAACCUCAGCUUCUUCGGCAUAUCGGGCCCUGUUUCGUUCAGUGGGGCAGACCGCGUUGGAGUUUCAGCUUUUCACAGAGUACAAGGUGGGAAGGUUGUGCGGAUAGCGCUGUUCGAUCCCACAACCAACACACUAGACUUUGCCUGCGAGGGCUGUGUGCGCAUCGUCUGGCAGGGGUCGCAGGUUCCGAUCGCUGAACGAGUAUUCAAGCUCCGAGUAGUAACCAUCCAGCCGGCAGCCUUCCUCGUGGUGGCCUCACUGGCCUCUGUGGGCAUCACGCUAGCCUGCGCCUUCCUUGCCUUCAAUCUCUACUUCCGCCGGCUCAAGUACAUAAAGCUGUCCAGUCCCAGACUCAACAACAUGGCUGUGGUAGGCUGUAUACUAGUGUAUACUGCUGUUAUCCUACUGGGCUUGGACCAUGCCACUCUGCCUUCUAAAGCUGCCUUUCCUACAGUGUGUACUGCCCGGGUGUACCUAUUGUCUGCUGGUUUCUCUCUUGCCUUCGGUUCCAUGUUCACAAAGACCUAUAGAGUGCACAGGAUUUUCACCAGAAGUGCCAGCGGUGUUGUUAAAAACAAGCUCCUACAAGACACGCAGCUUAUCUCGCUGAUCUGCGUGCUGCUGGUGAUAGACGGGCUGAUAGUAACCCUUUGGGUGGCCGUAGACCCUAUGCAGAGGCAAUUACGCAACCUCACACUCGAGAUCAGUUCCACAGACCGAAGUGUCGUCUACCAGCCUCAGGUGGAGGUGUGUGGGUCGCAGUUCACACACAGCUGGCUGGGAGCUCUCUAUGCUUACAAGGGGUUGUUGCUGAUAGUGGGUGUCUACAUGGCAUGGGAGACCAGACACGUCAAGAUCCCGGCUCUGAACGACUCGCAGUACAUCGGCCUGAGUGUGUACAGUGUGGUGAUCACUAGCGCACUCGUGGUUGUCCUUGCCAACCUCAUCUCCGAGCGUGCGACGCUCGCCUUUGUCACGAUCACAGCCCUCAUACUCACCUCCACCACAACCUCGCUUUGUCUGCUCUUCCUGCCCAAAAUACACGCCAUCCUGCACAACCGCGACAGCACUGCUGACCCCGUCACUUACAGCAUGGGCCUCAAGAUCGAAUGCAACACCAGGAGGUUUCUAAUAGACGAUCGGCGGGAGGUCUACUACAGGGUUGAGGUCCAGAACCGAGUUUACCGGAGAGAAAUAAGUGUCCUGGACAACGAGAUCAGCAAGCUGGAGAAAGCCUUGACCAGUGACCAGUCUGUAGCUUCCAGCUCUCACUCCUCCGUGGUCUCUCGCAAGGAAGAUCCGCCACCGCCCAGGGGACCUCUGCCACCAACGUCUGUUGGAGGUACAUUGCCGAUGCUGCUGCUGUCAGUGCUGCCACCUGUAAUACCUCGAGCUAGCUGGCCAAGUGCAGAGCAUUGUGUGCUGAGUCACGGGGUUACCUUCAGCUCUGAACCUCACCUAGACGAAGUGGCACAAGGCAGCCAGGGGUCCCUAAGAGGUGAUCCAGGGGAGGACCCUAGCAAGCUGUCUGUUUUUGGCAAGCUGCUGAACAUGUUGGGUCCAAGCAGAAAGACUUCCUCAGUUUCAUAUGCCGGAGGGACUGGCGGUAUCGCUGCCGCCCUUAAGGUUCACAUGGGAUACAUUGCCGGGUUAGUGCCCAGCAACAAGAGUCGCUCGAGUAGCUUGGACUCUUCCAAUACUAGCAGGUAUUGCGUCAAGAAAGACGACGAAGAAGUUUGUUCAAGAAGGAUAUCCAGGAUGUUCAGCAGAGAAGAUAGUGACGAAGACAGCCCCCAAACCCAUGCUCGAUCUUCCCAGUCACUUUCUCAUAGGGUUUCUUUCUCCAUUCAGCACCAGAACUCUCAACCGGUCCUAAAAGUACGGGGAUCCCCUAGGUUCCCCCAUAGAAUCGUCCCCACUUGCAGCCUGGAUGCUCUGGAGGAACGCCUCAAGACAGGAAAUCUGGAGCCUGAUUUCUCACGCAAGAAUAAUCACUUCCAGCCACAACGUAACUGCCAGCCCCCGCAUCGUUCCAAGUGCAGAUCCUUAGAGGAUGCCAGCAGUCCUGGGGAGGAGAUCAGUCGAUCUAAUCCACAGAUGGUUACUGAGACUGACCCUCAGUAAUUGUGUUAAUUUACUGCUUUCCUUUAGAAUUAAAAUAAAAAAUUAGGGAAUAUUUUUGAAAGUAUAUUUUUUAUAGGUAUAAUGAAUUCAGUAUUAUAUUUUAGAAAGGAACAAUAAUAAAUUGUGAUAGUGCAGAUUGGUGAAAGAUUAUAUCAGAUGAAUGGUAAAGAGCGAAUGAAUGAUAUCAACUGAAUUUGAUAUAUGAAGGAUAAAUGUUAUUUGUAUUGAUUUCUAUCAGGUUUUGUAAAUAAAAUGAUAUGUUUAAACAAUUUCCAAUCUUCUGUAGUAUUAGGUAAAAUAAAAAUAAUUAAAAACAUGAUAAAAAUGUGUAAAGUUUUAUUAACUUAUAAAAAUGCUCUCUCACUGUUUUAAUUGUAUGUUGUAGUGCCACUUUGUAAAACUUCAUUAAAACACUCACACACUAAAAAUAUUUUAUA